AUGUCCCUGGUGGCGCUCCCCUUCUACCAAAAGAGACACCGACACUUGGAUCAGUCGUACCGAAAUACGCGCGCAAGGUACCUUCUGGAUGAAUAUGCGUCGAAAAGGCGAACUUUGACCCAGUCGUCCUCCCAGCGGUCUCUCUCUCAGCGGUCGUCCUCGCAGAGGGCCGCCAGCCGGACGUCGCUGGGGGGGACCACGUGCAGGAUCUGUGCCAAGCGGGUGAGCGAACUGGAAGAGGAGCAGCGUGAAAAUGAAAGCAAGAAAAGGUACCAGUCCCUGGAGGCCAUGUACGGCGAGACCAAGCGCCAGCGCUUCCUCGACGAGCUGGCGCAGCUGGAGGAGAACGUGCAGCUGGCGCGGUCCCAGGCCCGCGACAAGCUGGACAAAUACGCCCUUCUGGAGAUGGUGGAGGACAGGAUGGCCUGGGAGCGGCCCUCGUACCUGGAGCGGAUGCGCCGGGCGCCCGAGAUCCUGGUGCGCCUGCGGUCCCACACCGUCUGGGAGAGGAUGAACGUGAAGCUCUGCUUCACCGUGCAGGGCUUCCCCACGCCCGUGGUGCAAUGGUACAAGGACGGCAGCCUGAUCUGCCAGGCCGCUGAGCCGGGGAAGUACAGGAUCGACAGCAACUACGGGGUGCACACGCUGGAGAUCAACAGGGCAGACUUCGACGACACCGCGACGUACUCGGCGGUGGCGACCAACUCCUACGGCCAGGUGUCCACCAACGCCGCGGUGGUGGUGAGACGGUUCCGGGACGACGAGGAGCCGUUCCGCUCCGUGAGACUCCCCAUCGGACUGCCCUUCUCCUCGAUGAUACCGUACAUGCACUUUGACGUUCAGUUUUUGGAGAAAUUCGGGGUCACCUUCAGAAGAGAAGGCGAGACAGUCACCCUCAAGUGCACGCUGCUGGUGACGCCCGAGCUGAAGAGGGUGCAGCCGCGGGCCGAGUGGUACCGGGACGACGUGCUGGUGAAAGAGUCCAAGUGGACCAAGAUGUUCUUUGGGGAGGGUCAGGCUUCCCUGUCCUUCAGCCACCUGAACAAGGACGACGAGGGGCUGUACACGCUGAGGAUCGUGUCGCGAGGCGGCGUCAGCGAGCACAGCGCCUUCCUGUUCGUGAGAGACGCGGACCCUCUGGUCACCGGCGCCCCCGGAGCACCCAUGGACCUGCAGUGCCACGACGCCAACCGAGACUACGUCAUCGUGACCUGGAAGCCUCCCAACACGACGACCGAGAGCCCUGUCAUCGGCUAUUUCAUCGACCGGUGUGAAGUGGGAACAAACAACUGGGUGCAGUGCAAUGAUGCCCCCGUGAAAAUCUGCAAAUACCCCGUGACGGGACUUUUUGAAGGAAGGUCUUACGUGUUCCGCGUCAGGGCCGUGAACAGCGCGGGCGUCAGCCGGCCCUCCAGGGUCUCGGACGCGGUGGCCGCCCUGGAUCCCGGCGACCUCAAAAGGUUACAAGCUAUUCACCUGGAGGGAGAGAAAGAAAUUGUCAUCUAUGAAGAGGAGCUUGAAGGCGAGGUCCAGAUCCCGGGACCCCCCACCAACCUGCACGCCUCGGAGAUCAGCAGGAACUACGUGGUCCUCAGCUGGGAGCCGCCCGCCCCCCGCGGCAAGGACCCGCUGAUGUACUUCAUCGAGAAGGGGCCGGAGGGGCGUCCUGGGACGGACGGGGCCCGAGGGGCUGUGUGCACGUCCGACUUUGCCCUGGGCGUGACCGUUCCCUCGGCCCCCGGCCGCGUCCUCGCUUCCCGCAACACCAGGACGUCGGUUGUGGUGCAGUGGGACAAGCCCAAGCACGCGGAGGACCUGCUGGGCUACUACGUGGACUUCUGCGUGGCCGGGACCAACCUCUGGGAGCCCUGCAACCACAAGCCCAUCAAAUACAACAGGUUCGUGGCGCACGGCUUGACCACCGGCGAGCAGUACAUCUUCCGUGUGAAGGCCGUCAACGCCGUGGGCACCAGCGAGAACUCCCAGGAGUCCGACGCCAUCCGGGUCCAGGCUGCGCUCACCGUGCCAUCCCACCCUUACGGGAUCACGCUUCUGAACUGCGACGGCCACUCCAUGACGCUGGGCUGGAAGGUGCCCAAGUUCAGCGGCGGCGCAGCCAUCCUGGGCUACUACAUAGACAAGCGCGAAGUCCACCACGCAAACUGGCACGAGGUCAACCCUUCGCCCCUCAAAGACACCAUCUUCACGGUGGAGGGGUUGACGGAAGGCUCGCUCUAUGAAUUCAAAAUCGCCGCCGCCAACCUGGCCGGCAUUGGGGAGCCGUCGGACCCCAGCGAGCACUUCAAGUGUGAGGCCUGGACCAUGCCCGAGCCCGGUCCCGCCUACGACCUGACGUUCUGCGAGGUCAGGGACUCCUCCCUGGUCCUGCUGUGGAAGGCCCCGGUGUAUUCCGGCAGCAGCCCUGUUUCCGGAUACUUCGUGGAUUUUAAGGAAGUGGAUGCCGGAGAGUGGCUCACCGCGAACCAGACGGCAACCGCGAACCGUUAUUUAAAGGCCUGCGACCUGAAGAACGGCAAGACCUACGUCUUCAGGGUCCGUGCGGUGAACGCCAGCGGCGUGGGGAGGCCGUCGGACAUGUCGGAGCCGGUGCUCGUAGAGGCCAGGCCAGGCACCAAGGAAAUCAGCGCCGGCGUCGACGAUGAAGGCAACAUCUACCUGGCCUUCGACUGCCAGGAGAUGACGGACGCCUCUCAGUUCACGUGGUGCAAAUCCUACGAGGAGAUUGCGGAUGAGGGGAGGUUCCGCGUGGAAACCGCCGGGGACCACUCGAAGCUGUACUUUAAGAACCCAGAUAAGGAAGAUCUGGGGACUUACUCUGUGUCCGUGAGCGACACGGAUGGCGUGUCCUCCAGCUUCGUUCUGGAUGCGGAAGAGCUUGAGCGUUUGAUGCUAUUGAGCAAUGAAGUCAAGAAUCCCACGAUUCCUCUGAAAUCGGAAUUAGCUUAUGAGAUUUUCGAUAAAGGCCAGGUUCGCUUCUGGCUGCAGGCCGAGCACCUAUCGCCAGACGCCAGCUACCGAUUCAUCAUUAACGACAGAGAAGUCUCUGACAGCGAGGCACACAGAAUUAAAUGCGACAAGGCCACGGGCAUUAUCGAGAUGGUGAUGGAUCGAUUCACCAUCGAGAACGAGGGUACCUACACGGUGCAGAUUCACGACGGGAAAGCCAAGAGCCAGUCUUCGCUGGUUCUCAUCGGGGACGCAUUCAGGACCGUCCUAGACGAGGCUGAGUUUCAAAGAAAAGAAUUUCUCAGGAAACAAGGCCCCCACUUUGCCGAGUAUUUGCACUGGGACGUCACAGAGGAGUGUGAGGUCCGUCUCGUCUGUAAGGUUGCAAACACCAAGAGAGAAACAGUUUUCAAAUGGCUCAAGGACGAUGUUCUCUACGAAACGGAAGCAGCGCCUGACUUGGAGAAGGGGGUCUGUGAGCUCCUCAUACCGAAGCUGUCAAAGAAGGACCAUGGUGAAUACAAGGCCACCUUGAAGGACGAGAGAGGCCAGGACGCUUCUGUCCUCGAAAUCGCUGGCAAAGUGUAUGAGGAUAUCCUUUUGGCAAUGAGCAGAGUCUGUGGAAUGUCUGCUUCUCCACUGAAGGUGCUCUGCACCCCGGAAGGAAUAAGACUCCAGUGUUUCAUGAAGUACUUUGCGGAAGAAAUGAAGGUGAACUGGUAUCACAAAGACGCCAAGAUUCCGUCCAGCGAGCACAUGCGGAUCGGAGGCAGCGAGGACAUGGCCUGGCUGCAUAUCUGCGAGCCCACGGAGAAGGACAAGGGGAAAUACACCUUCGAGAUUUUCGACGGCAAAAGCAAUCACCAGCGCUCUCUGGACCUGUCUGGACAAGCUUUCGAUGAAGCAUUUGCGGAAUUCCAGCAACUCAAGGCUGCUGCUUUUGCAGAGAAGAAUCGUGGCAGGGUGGUCGGCGGUUUGCCUGACGUGGUGACCAUCAUGGAAGGAAAGACCCUGAAUCUGACCUGCACGGUGUUCGGAAACCCCGACCCCGAGGUGGUUUGGUUCAAGAACGACCAGGACAUCCCGCUCAGCGAGCACUUCUUGGUGAAGCUGGAGCAGGCCAAGUUUGUCAGCAUGACCAUCAAGGGCGUCACCUCCGAGGACUCGGGCAAGUACAGCAUGAGCGUCAAGAACAAGUACGGCGGCGAGAAGAUCGACGUCACGGUCAGCGUGUACAAACACGGGGAGAAGAUCCCGGAGGUGUCCCUGCCCCAGCAGGCGAAGCCCAAGCUCAUCCCGGCCUCCGCCUCGUCUCCAGGCGAAUAA